UGCAUUUCGUCGCGCCAGGAUUCCCGCUUACAAUCUUCGCGUUCAGCUACAUCGCCAUGAUACCUGUUGCUAAUCUUGUCGGGUUUGCUGGACAAGAGUACGCGCGGAAGAUGCCCAAAGUUUCUGGCAUCUUGAUUGAGACGGCCUUUGGAUCGGUUGUGGAGAUUGUUCUGUUCAUCAUCCUCAUCGCUCAGCACAAGUCCGAGCACGGCUCCUCCGAACACGGUAACCUUAUCCCGGUUAUCCAGGCCGCGAUUUUGGGCUCCAUUCUUACGAAUCUGCUCUUGUGCCUCGGACUAUGUUUCUUUGUUGGCGGUCUUCGGCAAGCAAGCCAGAAAUUUCACGCUUCUAUCAGCGAGGUCGGCAGUGGAUUGCUGCUUGUCGCUGGAUUCGGACUACUCAUUCCCAGCGCGUAUUACUCUGCGCUCAAAGGAUCAGCCGUUGCGAAAGCCACCAAACAUCAUGAGUUUACCGAGAAAAUACUCCAGCACAAUACUCUGAGAAUCAGCCAAGUAACCUCGAUCUUGCUGAUAAUUGCUUUUGUCAUUUUCAUUUUCUACAAUGCACGAUCGAAUCACUCAAUCUUCGACGAAGUUUUGGAAGCCGAUGAGCAUGCCGAUCUUGACCGCCACGACGACCUUGCUAAGCCCAAAUUCACCCUCACCGAGUGCAUGGUUGCUCUUGUCGUCUCACUUACGAUUGUCACCCUACUUGCCUUCUUCCUGGUUGUACGCAUCGAGGAUGUGGUUGAAGCCGGUGUGCCCGAUCAGUUCCUCGGCCUGAUCUUGCUCCCGUUGGUCGAAAAGGCUGCUGAGCACUUGACUGCCAUCGACGAGGCAUGGGACGGACAGAUUAAUUUUGCCCUCUUCCAUUGCAUCGGUCCCUCCAUCCAGACCGCUCUUUUCAACGCGCCUCUCGUCGUUAUCGUCGGAUGGAUCAUGGGUAAAGAUAUGGAUCUCAACUUUGAGAUCUUCAUGAUCGUCUUGCUGGUCCUCUCCAUCCUCGUUGUGGGCAACUUCCUGCGUGAUGGCGAGUCCAACUACCUCGAAGGUGCCUUAUUGGUGAUUGUGUAUAUCAUCGUUGCUGUAGCAUCUUGGUACUACCCAAACCCGGAUGUUGCUACGUCAAACGGCGUUGAAAGUCUAUCAGUUCCAGGGAUGAAACUGUAAACACGUCAGACUUUAUCUAGAUUACCUCACAACAGCACCUCACGGCACGACGCCGCCAUGGCGACAAGUCAUCAAACACGCGUCGUGAUAUACACAUCAAGUCAACGCGUGUAUUGUCCCUCUAGCUAUCAGUAUGACUAUAAGGCAAUACAAUUAGGAGCAUCUCUUUUCAUGAUUUAGUAUCCUGUUACAUGUCACUAAAUCAAGCCAAAAGCGGUAGCUCGAACAGAUAUUAUGUACAUUCUCGACGAGAAGUUAGCUUAGAUAUCUACAAAGCACAAUGCAAAUCUCGUUCACCAA